CAGCGUUCAUGGCUGGCCCUCUGUGGAGGGCUGCAGCGUUUAUACAGAGACACAGGACAGGCCUGUUGGUGGGUUCCUGUGCAGGCCUGUUAGGGGCUCAAAUCACAUUUCACCUCUUCCCAGAUCCCAUAGUCCAGUGGCUCUACCAGUACUGGCCUCAGGGCCAGCCAGCUUCUCUUUCUCCCCAGCUGCAGAGCCUCUUCCAAGAGGUUCUAGAGGACAUGGGUGUCCCCUCAGGUCACUGCUACAAGCCUUUCACCGCCUUUACUUUUCAGCCUGUGAGUGCUGGCUUCCCAAGAUUCCCCGCUGGGGCCUUGAUAGGAAUCCCUGCCGUCUUCCUGGGUAGCUCUGUGACCAGCAUGGACCACACUGUGAUCCUACAUGGGCAAAGAGUGGACUGGCAAAGCCCAGCAGGCACCAGGCUGAGAGAUGCCCUAACCCUGUCUCACGAUGCCCAGAAGUUUGCCUUGGCCAAGGAGGUGGUAUACCUGGAGAGUGGUGUAGCCGCCCUACAGGCCCUACCAGCCCCAGCUUGCGUGGCAGGAACCUGGAUACUAAGUGUGGGUGCCAAGCAUGCCCUGGGGCUCUAUGGAGGCCCCAUGAGCUUGCGAUCUGCCUUUAACUUGGCGGCAGUGGUGCUAGGCUUCAUGGUCUACGCCUUUUUCAAAGACUCCCUCACAAUUGCCCUGGAAGGCUGGGUGGACCGCCGCGCAGCCUCUCUGUCUGCGGCCUAUGCCCAGGGUGGAGUGGAAUUCUAUGAGAAGAUUCUGUCAGGCAACCUAGCCCUACGAAGUCUUCUGGGCAGACAAGGGGAGAAGCUGUACACGCCGAGUGGAAACAUUGUCCCCAGACACUGGUUACGCAUCAAACAUUUACCCUACACCACCCGCCGGGACUCUGUACUACAGAUGUGGAGGGCAACACUCAACCCAGGGCGCUCAUGAGAAUCCAGUCUACAGAACGCGCCAGGUUUCCAUAGGCACCACCGUGAUGACU